CUCCUCAAUUUCCUCUUCAUCUUAUUCUUCCUCAAUUUCCUUUUUCCUCUCCUCUUUAGCUUUCUUUGAUACUUGUGUGAAUUUAUCGUAAACAAUGGGGGCUGAAGGGGCAGAGAAAAGUACAAUUAUAUUCACAUACGGAACACUAAAAAGGGGAUUUUCAAAUCACGUUCUCUUACAAGACAUGAUAUCCAAUGGCGACGCUUCUUUCCUCGGCGUAUACCAAACCGUCGAUAAACUCCCUCUUGUUUGUGGGCCCUACAGGGUACCAUUCCUCCUCAAUUUCCCAGGUUCAGGCGAGCGCGUGUGGGGUGAGCUCUACGCGGUUUCCGCGCGUGGGUUGAUUCGUAUGGACGAAUUAGAAGGGAUUACCAAAGCCCAUUAUGAGAGACUCCCCAUCAAAGUCAGGCCCGAAGCCCAGCCCGAUGAAGUGGUUGCGGAAGCGUAUUAUGCGCAUAGAAAUUAUGCGGAGGCGAUGUGGAAGAGGAAUGGGGAAAAGGGUUAUAGUGUUUAUUCUGAGAAAGAAGCGAAAGGUUAUGUGAAACGUAAAGAAAGGCCUCAACAUUUAACAUUUUUGGAGCAGAUUGGGAUUUUUAUUUCUUCUUCAUCAGAUCAAAAAGAUAAACCUGAUUCUUGUUAUAGCAAGAAAAAGGUUCAUGCUGCUCCUCUUCCGAUUGAUGUUGUUAAUCAUUAAAUUCUGUUUUUAAUUAGGAAGAACUGAUAAUUAUGGGUUAAUAUUGUCUUUUAAGUUUUGUUAUGGUACUGAUAAUAAGUUUGUUAGAUCACAGAUGUUGAUGCUGAAGGUGUGACAGGUUCUUUUUCCUGUCUCUGGAAAAUUGCAAAAGCAAAUGAUUUGAUCUGUUUGUACUA